ACCCACCCCCGUCUAAAAAAAAUCCACCUCCGAUCCAGAUCCCCUCCACCUCCACCUCCGAUCCAGAUCCCCUCCUCCUCCUCCCGCGGCCGCACGGCGCGCCAGUCGCCCUUCUUCCGCGACCUCGCCUCCCCCGUCCCGUCCCACCGCGGCGGCCCCCACUUCGUCUCUCCCGCGGCCGCCCUGCCCUCCGCACGCCGCCGUCGUCGCGGCGUCGCCCCCCACCCGCCCGGCCGCACCCACCUCCGGAGCAGGUGAGGAUCCUCCCCGUCGUGGUUUCUGCUCGCCGUCGCCGGCCGUGGUCUCCGCGCGCUUGCUGCUUGCUCUUCCCCGAGCCCCCGCCGACCCCGAUUUCCGAGCAGUUCCUCGCACGCACGCGGCGCUGGCGGGGGUUCGAUCCGUGCGUGGCUCGAGUGAAAUCCAUGGGCGAGAUUGGAGGACGUACGGGGGUUCGAUUUGUGCGUGGCUCGGGUGAAAUCGGUGAGCGAGUUUGCAGGUUGGAGCGCGGGGGCUUGAUUUGUGCGUGUUUCGGGGUGAAAUCCGUGAGCGAGCUUGGAGCACGGCGGUUCGAUUUGGUAAUCUCUGACGGCGUUCUCUGCAGGUGGCGAUGUUUGCUUGUUAGGCUGAUGGGUUGCUUGGUGUUUGUCGUUGUAGGCUGCCUGGUGACUAUGGGUUUGAUCCCCUGGGGCUCGGGAAGCAGCCUGAGGACCUGAAGUGUACUGCCGGUUCGCCAUGGCAGGGGUUGUCGGCAUCCUCGGAACUGAUUUGAUCCGUGUAUCAGGACUCGGCAACCUACCAGUAUGGUUUGAAGCAGGUGCCACAAAAUCAUGGAUGCAAACAGUUCUGGGUUGUAGAGUAUAGGCAGUCACAUGAUCCAGAAUCAUGUAUACAUGUCAUGGACCACGGAGCCCGGCCAUGGAUGAGCAGCAGCAGUUCAAUGUCAAUGUCAAGGAGGAUGCCCGAGCUGACCAGGAGGACACCCUUCUGCACCUCGGCCACCACACAAGGUUAACACCUGGAGAGGCUCGAGCUAUGAGCAGCGAGCUGUUGCUGCUGCCGCCGGAUGCUCCAGCGGCGAAACCUCCAUCGAUUCCCUCCACGGCCACUACCACUACCCUAGCUACCGCCGCCGACGGAACCACCACCAUAUCCUCGCUCGGCCAAGACCAGCUCCUUGAGAUCUUCCUUCGCCUGCCGAGCCUGCCGGCCCUCGUCCGCGCCACGCUCACUUGCCGUUCGUGGCUCGACGCCGUCCGCUCCUCCCGCUCCUUCCGCAACCUCUUCCGCGCCCUCCACCCGGCGCCCCUCAUCGGGAUCUUCCUCGAUGUCGACGAAGGCAAUGUCUGCUUGUUCGCCCCCUUCAGCCGCUCAGAUCCCGGGGUCAAUAAGGACAUUACACUGGCAGAUUAGCGCAAUUUUUCCUUUUCAUUUUUCUUAUUAUUGGAGUGUGGAUGUUAGAAUGAGGAACUGUAUGAUAGUAGAUACGGCAACAGUGUAAUAGUAUAAUCAGGAAUAACGACAUUUCCAUCACUAUUGUGUUUUCUUGAACUGUAUGCAUAAAAUGGAAUUUGUUGAUUUUA